GACAAGCUUCUCUCUAACGCGACAACGACUGUACCUGUGUAGCACAAAACGAAGGCAGUUAGGGCUUCAAAAUCCCCGCCCUUUUUUUUUUUUUCUUCAUGUACUCUCAGUCACGGUCAGACUCCAAUGGCAACGAAGCAAGUCAAAAAACCGGAGACCCCAAUUUCUUUAAAGCCCAGACCAAGCCCCAAAGACCAUGCUUCCCAAUCGGCGACGUCACGGCCUGAGCAAAACGACGCUUCUUCGCGUUCAAAGGUGCCGUUGAGUCCCAAACAGUUCAUUGUCUCAGUCGCAGCCAACAUCUCCUCUCAGCCUCUCCCGACCUACGAUCCCAACGUUUGGGGCGUUCUCACCGCUAUUUCUAACAAUGCCCGCAAACGCCCUCAGGGUAUGAAUAUGCUUUUUACUGCCGAUGAGCACAGCAUUGGUCGAUUAGUAGAGGAUGUGAGUUUUCGGAUUGAGUCAAAUUCUGUUAGUGCUGAUCAUUGCAAAAUAUAUAGGAAGAGAGUCACCAAUGAAGAUACAGAGCAGUCGUCCAACAGUUAUCUGUCUGUUUUCUUGAAAGAUACGAGCACAAAUGGAACGUAUCUUAAUUGGGAGAGGUUGAGAAAGAACAGUCCCGAAUUGAAAAUCGAGCAUGGAGACAUCAUUUCAUUUUCUGCCCCUCCACAACAUGAACUUGCAUUUGCAUUUGUAUACCGAGAAGUUCUUAGGUUCGCUCCCUCAGUCAAAGGUGCAUGUGCAAAAAGAAAAGCAGAAGAGCUUGCUUGUGAAAACAAGAGACUGAAAGGUAUUGGCAUUGGUGCUCCUGAGGGUCCUCUAUCUCUUGAUGAUUUUCGGAGCCUUCAGCGGUCAAACAGGGAAUUGAGAAGGCAAUUGGAAGAUCAGGUGCUUACAAUAGAUACAUUGCGUAGUGAGAAUCGUGCAACUGUUGAGCGUCAUGAAAAUGCAAUCAAAGAGAUAAAAGAAGCAGUUGCAAAUUCAUACCUUGAUCAACUCAAAGAAUUGAACAAUUUGCUAGAUGUUAAACAAAAGGAGCUUGUAGAGCUCAAUAGGAUAUCAGCUGAACAAAAGCAUGCUAUAGAAGACCUUAGUGAAAGACUUACUGCUUCCAUACAGUCAUGUACCGAAGCAAAUGAAAUAAUCAAGAGUCAGAAGGCAUCUAUUGCUGAACUCAAGGUUCAGUUAGAUGAAGAGCGAGAUCAGAGACGAGAAGAACGAGAAAAGGCUGCUGUUGAUUUAAAAGCUGCAGUGCAAAGAGCUCAGUCAGAGGCUCAAGAGGAACAUCAAAGGCUAUCAGAUGUUGCUUUGAAACGAGAGAAAGAGCAACAAGAUGUAAUUAAUAAGCUAGAGGAAUCACUGAGAAAGAGCUCAUCACAAGUGGAAGGUUUGGUGUCCAAACUGGAAGAGAUUAGGCAGAAAUUGGUCAACUCUGAUAAUAAAGUUCGCCAACUGGAAACUCAAUUUUGUGAAGCACAACAAGCCUCAGCAAUCUCAAGAAACAAAGUGGAAGAACUUGAACAUGCAAUGAAAGGGUUGAGGAAAGAGCUUGAGGCUGAAAAGCAGGCAGCCCGAGAAGAAGCUUGGGCUAAAGUUUCUGCUCUUGAGCUUGAAGUAAAUGCUGCAAUGCGGGAUCUUGAUUACGAGAGAAGGAGGCUAAAAGGUGCCAGGGAAAGAAUUAUGCUUCGAGAAACGCAACUACGAGCAUUUUAUUCCACAACCGAGGAAAUCUCUGUACUGUUUGCAAAGCAGCAGGAACAACUGAAGGCAAUGCAGAGAACUCUGGAAGAUGAGGAAAAUUAUGAUAAUACAUCUGUUGAUAUUGACCUUAAUGUACCAAGCAGGAAUGUUAAUGGAAUCGUAGUCAGAGAAAAGGCUACUGCUUCCUAUCAUGGAAACAAUACCACAAAGGCAGGCUCCACUACUUCAGCUCAGAGGGUUAAUUUUUCUAGUGAUGAAGCCAGUGCUACCGAGAAGCAUGACUGUGAUAUGAUAAGUCAAGAAGUUGGUGAAAACACACAGGAGGCAGAAUUUACUAGUGCUGAACCUUUUGCUAAAGGUGGCUUUGGUUCUGACAUUGAUGGUGUUGGUAUGGCACCUGUUCCAGAAGGAGAUCUCAUUGGAACUGAGCGUGUUCUUGAAACUGAAAGCCUGGGAAUCGAGGUUGAACAGAAUAUUGCUUUGAACAGGUGUGAAACUUUAGGUGGAGAUACAAUGCAGUGUGAUUAUGAAACCAAUGGCAAUGCUCCUGAAAGCAAUGAACAGAUUCAAACAACUUGCCCAGAUACUUCUAUACACUCAGAGUCAAAUAAACCUCUUGAGACUCAAAAUUCCGUGGAAGACACAGAAGCAGGAGGCACAAUCAGGACAGCUGACCUUUUAGCUUCCGAAGUUCUGGGGAGUUGGGCUCAAAGUACUGCUCCCUCUGUCCAUGGAGAAAAUGAAUCUCCUAAAAUUGGACACAAUGAAGAGGAUCGUGCCAUGGCCCUGCAUGAUUCUAGUGGUCUGGUAGCUGAGAGUCAAAGUACGCCACCUUCUGAGGCUGCUGCUGCCAGACGUAAAGAUGAACGUGAAGCAUUGACUGAGAUGAUUGGGAUUGUCGCUCCUGAUUUAAAGGAACAGUUUGGAGGUGCUGCUAAUGAUGAUUUUGAUCAACAGAGGAAAAACCUGACUGUUAAUUCUGAUUCGGAUACUGAGGAUUGUGUUGACAGCGAUGAUGAUAACAACAAAGCAGCGGCUAAUAGUGGAUCAAUAUCAGAUGCAGAGACAGAGGGUAGUGACCAGGCUGAUGAGGAUCAAAAGCAUAAUCAUGCAAUGGACGAGGAUGAUGAAACUAGCGGUGAAGAUUCCGUUGGGUAGCAGGCAUGCCUUUAUAUUAUGAAAUUUUGUUCAUCUUGAACGUGUUUCAUCAUAUGUUUUUGUGGGGAGAACGAAGCUGUAUAUAUUGUAGAUUAGAAUACCAGUUCCUUUUUGAUCCAUA